AUGGUUCUCCGAUAUGUGAGGGGAAGGGCUUCAGCACUAAAAUUACUAUCGGCUUGUGCCGAGGGAUACAUCCGCGCCGACGGUAACGUUUCGGCCCGUAAUAAGUAG